GCGUUUUUUUUUGGCAAAAUUUAAGAUUCUAAGGCUGAGGUUCAACUCUUGGUGUUUUUCAGUUUUGACAAGAUGAAUUUGUGAAGCUGUUUCUUGCUGAAAGGAGCUGCCAGCCGUUUUGAGAAGCUGCAAGUAUUUUGGUGAAGCUGUUUACUUUUAAGAAGCUUUUUGGAGAAUAGAAAUGAUGAAUGGAAGUUAUAAACUGCCUUUCUGUAGACCAGACCAUGCUGAGGAGAUGGACGAAGAAACGAAACUUGAAGUUGCCCGGCAGCCGGUUAUACUCAAUGUAUACGAUAUGUUCUGGACCAACGACUACACGGCCAAUGUCGGGGUAGGGGUUUAUCAUUCAGGACUAGAGGUCUACGGCAGGGAGUACGCUUAUGGUGGACAUCCUUUUCCAUUCUCGGGGGUUUUCGAUAUACAACCUCGUGAUGCGAAACUUCUGCCUCGAAUACAGGAAUUUCGUGGAGAUAGAUAUCAUUUGAUGUCUAAAAACUGCAAUCAUUUUACCGGAGCUUUUAGUCAGAUUCUUUGCGGCAGGGAUGUUCCUGGUUGGGUUAACCGGCUUGCAUAUAUGUCAACUUGUGUACCGUUUCUUCAACGAUGUCUUCCUAAGGAAUGGUUAACCCCUGCCGCCCUGCAAACCACUGUAAAUGAAACCAAUGUAAAUUCUCCAGGUGUUGGUUCUUCCUCUACUCGUGAAACCUCUAGUUCAGAAAACCAGGAAACUGGUGUGUCCCCAACCUUUGCCAAACUUCGUAGUGAGCUGACCAAAAGCUUUGGAAGCAAACAGCAGACAGACAAACAAGAAUAACAGACACAAACAUUCAUAUUGCAAAGGGACUUAUCACCUUUUUGUUUUUGGAAAAGAUUGCAUUGUAUACUAAAGACCAAGGUUUCUUACCACGAUACCCACACAGGAUGAGACUGGAAUGACGACCAAAAUUCUUUCAAUGACGAGCCGUAGGUUGAAUUCGGUCCUCUGUCUUUGUUUUGGCAAGGAAAGAAACUAGUUCUGAAUUUCCGAGAAUCAGGAAUGUAGGAAAAGAAAGUUGAUUAUUUUUGUAAAGACGUCUUUGAAGUAUUUUCUUUCGUUUGUAUCCCUUAAAGGGACUGUAAACGCAAUUUUGAUUGAACCUCAAUUUCAAGAAGGGCAUUCCCGAUUGACAAAGGUACCCUUAAAGCAUAGUUAGUUAUGAUCGAGAAGGAAAUAGAUUUCUAUGUUUUUGGUUUUUGGAAACACUUGUCAUGCUAGUAAAUCGACGUCGUAAAGGUACCAUUGUGAAUCCGGGCAUGCUCCUUCUAAAAAUUUAGGGUUACUUAAAAUUACAAGGACAGUCCCCUUGACCCGCCAUACCUAUUUUAUUCUAAGUCAAAGGUGCACAUUGCACAAUCUUAUUUAAUUGGUUUUUAAAAUAAUACUUCUAUUUUUUUCGUGAUUAAAGAUAUUGUCAACGUAUUUGGAAUAAGCUUAAUAGAAAUUAUUCCUGACAUUUUCUUGCUUCUCUUUUAUGUGAAAUAUCGCAAGUUCCUUUUAUUUUAUAACUUAAAAAAAUAUUGACGUCAUCGGCAAUUCGUUGGAUCUUGAAUAUUAUGUUGACAGACCCUUUUUACUACAUUCCUUACUGUACACAAACUGCACAGUGCACACUGCCUUGUACUGUACUGUAUACCUACGACCAGUUCAAAAUUAAUGCGUACAAGAGGGCGAAUUUCAUUUUAAAGUACAAUGUUGCCUUUUUUACGUUUAUACACUUAACUCUCUUAUAAAUGUAUUCAAAAAG